GCUCGGCCGGCCGGCGCUCGAGUCCCGCAUUUCGUGCUGGCUUACGUGGCGGCGGCUGAAGCAGGAGUGGGUGUGGGGGUAAGGGAGGAGGCCGCAGUGGUGGCUGUUCCUGUCCGCUGUCGCCGGAGUUUAUUUUGCAGUGAAUGGACCGCCGAUAUUCUAGUCAAGGAUCAGGAUGGUGAUGCAGAAGCAAUUCUCGACUAUUGUUAUCGUCUUUUGUGUCUGUGGUUUGUUUCCGUCGCUGUCCAGUGCAGAUAUCCACAGAGCCAAUGCCAAGAAGCUGACCCGAAAGGCAGCAGCCGCACAGGCUGCUAAUGAGAAUCAAUGGUGGUGCCCAGAAAAUGUGUUUGAGCUCCGAUCGUGGUCAGAACUGUUCUCAGGAGAGCGUGUUGAUGCCUGGAUCUGUUCUUUAAUUGGCUCUGUGAUGGUUGGGCUCAGUGGUGUCUUUCCUCUUCUCGUCAUUCCAAUUGAGGCAGGAACAACACUGAAAUCUAAAGAUGGUUCCCAACGGUUGAAACGAUUGUUGAGUUUUGCCAUUGGUGGACUGCUCGGGGACGUCUUCUUGCAUCUCUUGCCCGAAGCCUGGGCCUACACCUGCAAUAGAAAUCCAGAUGGAGGCUAUAGUCGAGAGCAGCAAAGGAAGUUGGGAUUUUGGGUGAUUGUUGGACUACUUGCUUUCUUUGUUUUGGAGAAAAUAUUCCCAGAUAAAAAUGAAGAGGAAACAGAAUAUCACAAAACACUUCAGACCCAGAAGACAUUGCAGAAUAGAUGUUGUUAUACAGAUAAAGGGAUAAAAUGCCUUCAGAAUGGAAAAAAUAUUUCCUCUGUGAAUAUGCAUUGCAUUGAUUCUUAUUUUGAACUUAGAAAUGGUUACUGCUAUGACACUACAUCACAGCUAAAGGCAUUUACUCAGCCUGUUCAAGCUAUAAAGAUUAGUGGAUACUUGAACCUGAUUGCUAAUGGUAUUGAUAACUUCACACAUGGCCUGGCAGUGGCUGGCAGCUUUCUUGUUAGCAGAAAGGUUGGGCUCACAACAACACUAGCUAUUCUGCUUCAUGAAGUCCCACAUGAGGUCGGAGACUUUGCUAUCCUGCUGAGGGCAGGAUUUGAUCGAUGGAGUGCAGCUAAAAUGCAGCUCACAACUGCAUUUGGAGGAGUGUUGGGGGCCUGCUUUGCUCUCUGCGCAGAGUCUCCAGAAGGAGCAGGUGGCAGUGUAGCUUGGAUUUUGCCAUUCACGUCAGGAGGAUUUCUAUACAUUGCUCUGGUUACUGUGGUACCUGAUCUCCUUCAAGAGACAGAUGUGCAGAACUCUGUGUAUCAAGUAUUGCUCCUUUGCUGUGGGAUUGCAGUCAUGAUGCUGGUGUCUGCCAUUGUCUAACUGAUGCCUUGGGAUGAUCCUAGAUCAGAGUGUCAUUUUAGUGGUACCUGCAGAAAGGUAACCUACAGCCAGCAUUAUUUACAUAAUUUGAUCAGCAAGACCAACUAGUGCAUCAGAAAAGAGAUGUACAGAUUCAUCCCUUCCUGUCCAAUCUGACCAUCAUCUCUUAGCUGAGUCAAAUAAUAAAAUUAUGUUUAACAACUGAUCAGUUCAGUGCUCAACCAAAUAAAAAUGCAAUAAAGCCUGCUGUCAGAUGUCACACAUCUACAAACAGCCACUGGAUAGUUCAUGGUGCUUCAAAAUCUAGCAGCCUUGACUCCUCAAUUUAUCUGACCACCUGGGUGGUUAUUGUUGUGUAUACUUAGUAUUUCAUGGAUCCUCCUUUCUCUCCCUUCUCAAUACAAAAGGAGCAAAAGAAAUGUGCCUGAUAAACCUUGUCACUGGAUGAGAUUCACAACCGGUCAACCGACAUCAGCUUAAACUCCUGGAGUACAGUAGUGCAUGCCAUUAUUUAAUGACUUCACUUGCAGGUACUUGAAUAUAUUGAAGGCCUAACAGGUAAUGUUCACCUUCUUUCAGAAAAAAUACUGAAUACAUUCGGAAAGAAGGUGAACAUUCACUUUUAAGGCCUGCAAGUUGUCCUCAAGAAAUGCCAGGUAGCUGUUCUUUCUGCCUGACCAGAUCAAGACAAAUAAUUGUGAGAAAGUAAUUUACACCUGAGCACCUUACUGCUCUUCCCACCCCGCUUUUGCCAAACACCAGCCCAAGUGUCACACACAAAAUGCUGGAGGAACUCAGCAGACCAGGCAGCAUCCAUGGAAUAGAAUAAACAGGACUGAGUAAACAGCCCGAAAUGUCAACUGUACUCUUUUCCAUAGAUGCUGCCUGGCCUGCAGAGUUCCUCCAGCAUUUUGUGUGAUUUGUUUGGAUUUCCAGCAUUUGCAGAUUUUCUCUUUUUACCAGCCCGUGUUAUGCUCUGAGUGUGAGUUGAAUUUCAGUUGUACUGUGGAAUCAGAUUAACACGUUCCAUGAUCUCAAAUUUUACAUUGAUUUCCCACAGUUACUUUAAAUAUUUUAAAGGCAAGUAAUCUCUUCGCACAUUUGAUUGCCACAUACAUGAUGUUUGGAUAGCGCAAACAAAUUGACCCUGAAACCUCUUGUCCUCACCCAUGUCAGCCAAAGAUUACCGCCACAGUGAUGCAUUUGGUGUGGAUGAAUGCGCUUUUGUUAUGUUGGUUUAACAAUGCCAUGUGCUAGGUCAUCCCCUUUGGUUACUCAAUUUUGUAGUGACAAUGAAAUCGGUUAUCUUUUAAACACUACUCAUCCUGUGUAUUCAGGCGAGGCCUGUGGUCUGACUGUUACAGACUGUUAAAUUAACAUUGUUGGUGCUGUCUGCUUUAGUGUGGGACUGCUGCUCAUUGCAUAGAUGAGAUCCACAGCACCUUGCAACUAUGCACAGACCUGUCAAUAAACUAACUCUCUGCACUUUCUUCUAAUUUUGAGGCAUAGAUUUUAUUUUGUGUAUUCUUGUAAUAAAAUUUAUGUAUUUUCAUUUUUAUUGUAAAUAUUUAGCAUGAAAUAUUUGAAUAAACUAUGCAUACAUUCAA